UAUAAACUACCAUCUUCCUAUCUAUCGGUCAUGCAUGCACCACGGACACAUGUCCACCCAUGAAUCACGAGCCCAGGCUCCCAUGGUUUAUGAGCCCAGGCUCAGGGCCCAGGCCCAUGUUACGAUGAUGAGUCCAGGCUCUUAUGGGCCCAGGCCCAUUGGAGAAUUCCUUCACGGUUCGUACUUGCCGACAACUAGCAUGUUAAGUUGCAAAGUUUAUGAAUGAAUUAAAUAUGAUGUUUUAUUGAAUGUUUUACCCAUUCUAUUCUCCCUGUGUUAUUAAAUAAAAUGAAUUGAAAUGAAUUUACGCUGCUAGAAUAGUUCGUUACUGAGUCUUCGACUCACCGUUUUCGUUUUCUGUUUUAGGUACUGAUGGGGACGAUGGACACGAGUAGUGGCGAGGAAUUUCACGUGAAUAAUAUUCACCUAGUUUAUGCUUAAAGUUUUAAUAGUUUUAAUUAAAGACUUUUAGUAAGUUAUGCACUUUUAUUUUGAUAAUAUAAAGGAUUAUUAUAUAUAUUUUGGAGUAUUUAAAGGCUUAUGAUUGAUGUUAAAGGAAGUUACGGCAGGUAAUGUCCCGACCAAUUAGGGUAAUUCCGCUGCUAAUUAUGCUUUAAUAAUUGAAUUAGAGGUCGGGGCGUUACAGUUUGGUAUCAAGAGCAAAGGUUCUGGACCAUAAGUGCUAAACCUUACGGGUUUUCGCACGAAUAGAAUUCAUUAGGCUUUAAGUAAAGAAUUUUAAGGAAUGAGUUAAAAAGAAUUUUCUAAAAUCUUGCUAAGUUAAAAUGAAUAUGAGGGUGAGUGUAGGAACGGGAUCAAAGGGUUUAUUUUAUAUUAUUAUUUCGCUUCAAUCUGAUAAGAUAUGUUAUGCAAAAUGUCGACCAUUGAUGCUAUCAACGAUGUUACCAACGGAGCUCGCAACGAGCAUCAUGUUCACGAUGAUAACGACAUUACUCACGAGGAGUAUGUCCAUGUAAAUGGCCACGAGGAAAGGAUGGAAUGAUUGGAAAAUGUGAGUGCAAUGUUGGCCGAAUUAGUCCAUGAUUCUCGGAAAAAGAAAGAUGUUAGUGGGAACGAGAGCGCAACAAUGUUCAAGAGCUUUUCGUCACUCAACCCACCAUCCUAUGAUGGCAAGCCUGAUCCAGUUGAGUUCGAGGAUUGGAUAAGUCGCAUUGAUUAGUUGUUUCAAACCCUGCAAUGCCGUGAGAAAUGGAGAGUUGAUUUCGCAGUGUUUUACUUGAUGGGUCAAGCAGGAUUAUGGUGGAAAGUUAACAAGGAACGAAAGAAUGGGCCUGGAUUUGGUUGGAACGAACUACAAAAGUUAAUGAGAGACAAGUUUUAUCCACCAUCCUUGAGGAAGCAAAAAGAAGAUGAAUUUCUACACUUGCAACAAGGAACAAUGAGCGUGUUGGAAUACGCAAAUAAGUUCAUGGAGUUGUCAAGGUUUGCACCAGACUUGGUGUCGACAGAGCAGUCCAGGAUGAACCGUUUCGAGCGAGGUCUGCACCUUAAGUACCAGGAUAGGUUGUCCACUCAGAGGUUUACUUCAUACCAGGAUAUGGUUGAUAUUGCAGCUAACGUAGAGCGAGUGGUACUGCUUCGAGAAGCGAAGAAUGUUGGGUAUAAAAGGAGAAAUGAAAACCAGAGUCAAGGAGGAGCAAAGAAGCCUAACCAAGGCUAUUAGGGAAACGAAAGGAGGAACGAUGUUGGAAACAAAGGACAAGGUUAUCGUGGAAACCAGAAUAAUAGGGCACAAGUGUAACGCCCCGACUUUUCGGCUCCUUAAUUAUCGGUAAUUAACCGCACUUAGCUCAUUAUUAGCAGCGGAAUUAGGCAUAAUUAAUUAAUCCUGGGACCUGUGGGUAUGGGCCCACAAAUAAAAUAAUCCUUAAAAACAUUCCAUAAAUAAUACAACUUUCCCAUAAAAUAAAUAUAAAUCAAUAUUCUUAUAACAACCUCAAUAACAGGAUUUCCUUAAUAAAAUUCUCAUCUCGAUAUCCCCAUAAUAAACUACCAACUCCAGUAAUAACUUUGACUUGAGCAACUUGAGCUCCUUAAUCGAACCUGUACACCGUCAUAAAAAUAGAAA